GUUGUGUUGUUUACAUUUUCCAAGAUGGCGGCGGGAAUGUAUUUGGAACACUAUUUGGACAGCAUAGAAAACCUGCCAUUUGAACUGCAGAGGAACUUCAAUUUGAUGAGGGACUUGGAUCAACGUACGGAGGAUCUAAAGGGGCAGAUAGACUCCCUGGCAAAGGAUUACACUUCCAACGCCAGGACCCUCUCGUCUGAACAGAAGCUUACUAUUCUGAGGCAGAUCCAGCAGUCGUACAGCAAAAGCAAGGAGUUUGGGGAUGACAAAGUGCAACUGGCCAUGCAGACUUAUGAGAUGGUGGACAAGCACAUCCGGAGACUGGACACAGACCUGGCCCGCUUUGAGGCCGACCUGAAGGAGAAGCAGAUAGAGAGCACAGACUAUGAUUCCACCUCCAGUAAGGGAAAGAAAUGUGAGUCCAGGGGGCUGAAAGAGAAGAAGGUGGCUAAAACUCGGUCUAAAGUGAAGAGCUCCGAUGAAGAUGGCAGUCCGAAGAGUGCACAGAAGAAAGUCAAACUUCUCCAGCCGGGGGAGUUCACUGCUCCAGUUGCUAAUUUUGGGAAUGUGCAUCCCUCUGACGUUCUGGACAUGCCAGUGGACCCCAAUGAGCCCACCUACUGCCUGUGUCACCAGGUGUCCUAUGGAGAGAUGAUUGGCUGUGACAACACAGAUUGUUCCAUCGAGUGGUUCCACUUUGCCUGCGUGGGCCUGACGACGAAACCAAGAGGGAAAUGGUAUUGUCCACGCUGCUCUCAAGACAGAAAGAGAAAGUAAGCCCCUAAGGUAGAGGAGCCAACCGGUUGUAGAGUCAGGAUACUACGUUAGUAAUGAAGAGAAAGUAACAUGACAGUUUCUGUCCCCAGGAUAGUAUUACAUUGUUUAUCGGUCUUCUAGCAUAGAGCAAUUGGUGCUUUCUUUUUUUGUUUACUUGAUUGUUCUGUCUUGGUUUAAUGCAGUGUGAAGGAGAUAUGUGGUUACAGAUGUAUUUAAAAAUGUUUCAAAGGUUAUGAGAGUUGAUAGGUACGAGAGUUGCUUUGUUUUUACAUUUUUAUGUUUCUAUUUUUUUGUAACUGAACAAUAAACACUAAAAUGUGA